GACUCGGAGAGGAACUUCUCUUAGCUCAAGGUUCCCUCCCUGUAGCCUGUCCGGAGCGCAGCCCCUGGCCCCCCGCGUCCCUCACCCCAGACCCGCAGUUUCCCCCGGGCGUUUGCAGCCGGCGGCAGUGUCGCGCGCAGCUGGAGCGGCAGGUGUAGUGGCUGCUGUGCAGUGAGAGUGCCCUCGCAGGGGUCCUGCUACCUGGAGCCAGGGACCUGCAGGGUUCUACCGUCGGUGAGAGAUGGCCUUCUCAGGGGCUGGCCCCAAGGGACAGGAGCGUGGCAGUGACCGCCGCGUCCAGCUUUGCAAUCCAAACCUGGCCAAGAUGAAGGAGGACAUUCUCUACCACUUGGACCUCAGCACCAGCACGCACGACCUCCCAGCCAUGUUUGGGGAUGUGAAGUUCGUGUGUGUGGGCGGCAGCCCCUCCCGGAUGAAAGCCUUCAUCAAGUAUGUGGCCUCGGAGCUCGGCCUGGACCGCCCAGGCAAGGACUAUCCCAACAUCUGCUCAGGCACUGACCGCUACGUCAUGUACAAGGCGGGGCCUGUGCUGUCCGUCAGCCAUGGGAUGGGCAUCCCUUCCACGGCCAUCUUGCUGCACGAGCUCCUCAAGCUCCUGUACCAUGCGCGCUGCUCCGGCGUCACUGUCAUCCGCAUUGGCACAUCCGGUGGCAUAGGCCUGGAGCCCGGCUCCGUGGUCAUCACCCAGCAGGCGGUGGACGCCUGCUUCAAGCCAGAGUUUGAGCAGAUGGUGCUGGGCAAGCGGGUGGUGCGCAGACCCGACCUGGAUGCGCAGCUUGUGCAGGAGCUGAUGCAGUGCUCCACGGAGCUGAACGAGUUCCCCACGGUCGUGGGCAACACCAUGUGCACCUCGGACUUCUACGAAGGCCAAGGCCGCCUGGACGGUGCCCUGUGCUACUACACGGAGCAGGAGAAGCAGGAGUACCUGCAGGCGGCCCACGCGGCCGGCGUCCGCAACAUUGAGAUGGAGUCGACCGUCCUCGCCGCCAUGUGCAAUGCCUGCAGUGUCCCAGCGGCCGUGGUGUGUGUCACCUUACUUGACCGCCUGCAGGGGGACCAGGUCUCCAGCCCCCAUGAGGUGCUGGCUGAGUACCAGGAGCGGCCCCAGAAGCUGGUCAGCCACUUCAUCAAGAAGCGGCUCGCGGCGGCCUAGAGUCCCUGCGUCUCGACGAUGAGUGUCCUUGGGGCUGCAAAUAAAGUCUGGUCCAGA